AUGGCAUGUUGGCAAGCUUUGUUUUUGGAAGUUCGAAGCCUGACUGGAACAAACGGAUCUAAAUGGGGACUCAUGUACUUACACGAGGAGUGCAGCACACAGAUCAUCCACUGUGACAUUAAGCCUCAAAACAUUCUGCUUGAUGACUCAUUCACGCCAAGGAUUUCCAACGUCAGACUAGCAAAGCUUCUGAUGGGAGAUGAAACUCAGACUCAAACGGCCAUUAGAGGGACCAAAGGAUAUGUUGCCCCGGAAUGGUUCAGAAGUAAGCAUAUUACUGCAAAAGUGGACGUUUACAGCUACGGGGUCAUGUUACUCGAGAUCAUUUGUUGUAGGAAGAACACUGAAUUGGAAAGGGAGAAUGAAGAGGACGUAAUACUGACUGACGUGGUAUACCAUUACUACAAAUGUAAAAGGUUCUGGUGGAGAACGAUGAAGAGGCGAGAAACAACACGAAAAGGGUGGAGAGGCUAG